CAAUGUUGCUGCUGGCCGCGUGAUAACAACAGGCUGCCGUCCCAGCGGUAUGCCCCGGUGGUUUCGUCUGACUGGCAUUAACUAUCGCAAAUGGGAUUCUUCCAGACAAGUGUCCAUUUCCUUUUAUUAUCGUAUGAUCCCUGUAUGUUGGAUUAGGAGCGAGACAGGGCGGCUGAGGCAAGAAAUGGAGACCAAAGGUGACAGUAUCGAGUUCAAGGGAUCGCCAACACCCAUCAUACGGGUGCCAGGAGAGGCUCACUGCCGGCUGUGGGGACGGCGAACCCUCGGCCAUCGGUCCCUUGCGGCGGUGCUUACAGCGAUGUAGGAGUGAGGCUAACUCACUGCAACAGCAACAACUUUGUAAGUAGCGCCCCCUGGCGCCAUGUUCUGCAGCAACACUUUUCUCCCUUCGCCAUCUACCAGACUCCACGAACCACAAUCUCAUCUGAGAAGAAAGUGCUUCUACUUUACAUUCUCUCCCUUGGGCAGCCAACGAAGCAGAAGAUAGAUGUUGCUUCUGUCUGGCAGCCAUGGACGGAGACAUACAAAGCAGCUACAGUCAACUUCUCUCUCUCGAGAGAGAGUGCGCAGAUGCGGAAAAACAUGAAUGACGUCAUGUAUGGCCACGGCCUUGACCUCUGUAGUCUCGUUACCUUAGUGGUGACAUCCGGGGCUGAGCUCAGUGGUACAGGUGCCUGUCAGUUGUUACUUCAACAAUGUCCUUCUCCUCGUUUGACUGUCAACUGCCGGACACUGAUGUUCUCACCUCACACCUGUCUGUAACCAGCGGCUAACAUUUUGAACACGUCUAGAAAUGGCGAUGGAUGGUCAGAUGUCGGACUCUCUGGUUUCCCGUCUUCUCGCUGGACACUUCAUCUCCAUUCUGCUGGCACAGUGGACACUUCAUCUCCAUUGUCUUGAUCCACUCUCAGCUCGCACCGCGCGGACAGAAGGGGCGCCCGGGGCGAACACCACGCGCCAUAUUAGAUUUGAACCGACCGCCGUCAGCCCUCCGGACAUCUCCAGGCCCUCGGCAGAACCCGGCGAGACGGCGCGAGGCCCUCCAAUGUGCGAGGACCCAGUCUGGUCUCAGAGGACUUGGAAGCAAGUGGACAAACACCCCUCCCCAAGUGGCCUCAGGCACCAGCGACUGGCGUGAUUGUGACCUGCUCUCCGAAGUUGGGAUCUUUGAUGGAGCUGUUAAGACCUGAGUUGUGGCCGCACUUUCUCCUCCGAUAUCAAGCGGGAU